GGGUGAAACAGAGUUUAAAACACAUUAACGAUUUAGACUUUGUUGUUUUAAGACAAACAUUAAUUUCUUUAUGAACUUUCUUGCAUAGAAACCAAAGUGAGGACAGAGAUUUGUACCAAGUGAUUCCUUAACUCUACGGACUGUCGUUUUAACCUCUUGGAAAAGUAAAUAUUUAAGGGAUUAGUACAUGAACGGCGGUGGACAUUGAGACUUAUAAAUGUUUAUGAAAUCUGAUUUUUUAAUAAAUCAAAGUAUCUGCGUGAGAAGCCCUGACCGAUCGGCAAAGGAUACUUGAAGGUUUAUUAAAAUGUUUAUUUAGUGUUAUUUUCCGUCAAUGGACUUUUGAAUACACAGCAAGUCCUGGAGUCUUCGGUCAGAAAGGACUGUUUGUAGAACAGCUAUAGAACCGGGGAACAAAUAGGCAGUAUGAAUUCUGACCAAUCUGGAAUGUUUCAUGCAAUAAGUUUGUUAAAUGAUAAUAUCCCUAUAGGAAUAAAAUCCACAAUCAAUGAUAUGACGGAUUAGAGCGCCAAAUAACACAUGACAUUGCAAUCCCUCGGGAUAGAUAACUGAAAGUCAAGAUUUUCUCCAUUGACUGCGAAAAGACUUGUAAGACAAGGGAACAUUGCUUCUUUUCAUAAAGAACACAUGUUUGUGUUUUUAAUAAACCAGAGAAAAAAUAUUGGGUGUUUAAACAUUGUUACAAAACCUAGAUUGUGAAAAAGUUUGAUUAAAAAUCUUCUAGUGAGAUCAUGAGGUCCAAUAUCGUGUCGCGUCCCACCACAACGCAGCUCUCGGAAUACGGGUCUCUGGGGUCCUCCAAAACAAAGACGUGGAAGUCCUCCAUGGAAUACCUUAACAAGAAGAAGCAGACCAAAUCCGACAUCUUCCAUGCCGAGUACGAUCAGAAAUUACUGAGACUCAAAGCAAUGUUGAUGUUGGAUAACCAAACAGAGAACGAAGCAAAGGCAAGUAAACUAAACAGGACUGAAGAGACCGAACUAAACACCGUGAAAUCUCAAGUCUGGAAAGAAAGUCUGAGUUACGAGAGACAGUAUAGUCAAAGUGUGCGCCAAUUCCGGGCCCAUUCUGCCCGAGUGUUCCGUAAUUCUGGACAUCCUCCAAUCAGUGGACUCCAAAGAUCCCCGACCCUGGAAUCAUUUCCGAAGGACAAGUUGUUACAGCGUAGGAAGUCUCAGAACCGAGACGUGUUAACUCCUAGACACUGUGUGACUUGUGGACAAAUUCAAGGAGUCAUAAGAGCCUACGAAAAGGAAAGGACAAAUAAUAGUGACUUCAGAAAAAAUUCUGAAAAAGACGAAUGCCGGGUUCCUCAAACUGUAUGUCUGUUUAAUGACAGACAAAUGAAAACGUUUAUCCACUCUCUAGAGACGGAAUACUGCAGUGAAAUGCCGGAUGUUACACAACUGAUCCAGGAUUCUAAAUUCUACCUCCAACAAAACCCAGCGGACACGUCCAGGAUCAGACCGCAAUCAUACCCACUGGAGAUGAUUAGGUUAAAAGAAAGAGUAACAACAUUCUGUAGAAGUCAGGAUAAAUUUAACAAACAACAUCCGAUACCCGGGUGUGUAAAAAUGGAGACGGAUAAAGCCAGGAUAGAUCUGGCAAUAUCAAUCAGAAAACGGCGGUAGGCGCCACUUUCAUAUAAAACAAUUGCAUAAUCCAAUUUUAUGAAAAACUAUCGAGAGAUUGGAUUCAGUUGGAUAAAAGCCAUUCUCCAAUGUCAAUUUUGCAAACAAAUGUGAGAAGAAGAAAGAAAUACCCUGUGCUUUUUUUUCCAAAUGGACAUUUCCUUAUUACCGAGUGAUUGUACUGAAGUAAAACCCCUAUGUACAUAAAACCCAGAGUUUGUCGAUAAAUCGCAGUUUUAAAUUCUUCAAAAUACAUUGUAUUUUCAAUAAAAAUGGAAAUGCAGAGCUCUGAUUUUAGAAAGCAAACCGAAAACCUAAGGUAUUAGAAAAUUUGCUGAAAUACAGAAGGAGGACGUACAGAAAAUGCAUCAAUGCUAAUCCGUGUUUCUGUGGAAUUCAAGAAUGUUCGUAUGACAGUCAGUUGACCUUAUACAGCAAUUUGUUUAUUUAUGAUUUCGUGAUUAACUUAUCUUUUUCUGUUUCCUUUAAAACUACAUUGAAAUGUAUAUUCCACACUGGGGGUAUUAAAAUGAGUUUCAUAUCUAGAAUUUCUAUUGUUUGUGUCGCUUUGUGCAUUGUUCUUUAAAACCUACUUAACAUA